CUUAUAAGAACUCUACCCCAACAACGGUACACUGCGCCGCAGUGAAGAAUUACGCUUUACCCAAACUAGGUUAGGUUUCUCACUCUCCCUCGGCGGCGAAACCCUAGCUCAAAUCCUAGCACAAUGGUGGCCGCGAAGAAAACCAAGAAGAGUCAUGAGAGCAUCAACAACAGGCUGGCUCUGGUGAUGAAGAGCGGGAAGUAUACCCUUGGUUACAAGACCGUUCUCAAAACUCUCCGCAGCUCAAAAGGGAAAUUGAUACUUAUCUCGAAUAACUGCCCGCCGUUGAGGAAAUCGGAAAUUGAGUACUACGCGAUGCUCGCGAAAGUUGGAGUUCACCAUUACAGUGGGAAUAAUGUUGAUUUGGGAACUGCUUGUGGGAAAUACUUUCGUGUUUCUUGCCUUAGUAUUGUUGAUCCAGGUGACUCGGACAUUAUCAAGUCAUUGCCUGGUGACCACUAGACAUAGUCUUUGCCUUGCAUCUGUCUUUUCUAUUUGUUGAAAUGCAUCCAAUUUUCAUAUAGAACUUGAGUAGUUGUCGAAGUUUUGACCGUGAAGUUCACGUCUUAUUUUCCUUAGCACUGAACUUGGGUACUUGAACUGGCUGGUAUUGGACAGUAUAUUUAAUUUGUCAAUUGGACGAUAUUAGAAUAUAAUGAAAGGUCAUAUCCAGUGUUCUAGAAAUGCUGGCAGCUUGGCUUGCUUGAUCAUAUUCUA